AGAGAGAGUUAACUUUCAGCAGCUACCAAACCUAGGUGGGGGUUGGUGGGAGCGAAACCCACACCAACCCCAUCACAUUUUUCGACCCAAAUAUCCUUAUAUUCUUAAUCCUUCUCCUCUUCCAAUUUUCACUCUCCUACAAAACAUCCUUAUAUUCUUAAUCCUUCUCUUCUUCCAUUUACACUCUCUUACAAAGAGAAAGAGGUGUUUCUAUUUUUCCCCUAUUUCAAAAACUCCCUCAGGUCCCCUUAUAUUUCAUUGUGCUUGUGGUGAUUUUGGAAGGAUAUUAAUGGCGAAUGGCAAUGUGACCUCUGAGCAGGUUGUGCUUGAAGAGGAUGUCAACUCCGUCCGACUAAUUACCUUAAACAGGCCUCGCCUAUUGAAUGUGCUCUCACCUGAAGUGGUCUUUUUGCUUGCCAAAUGUCUGGAGAAAUGGGAGCUAGAAGAGACCGUGGAGCUUGUCCUAAUUAAGGGAGCUGGACGAGCAUUUUCAGCUGGUGGGGAUCUAAAGGUUUUCUUUGCUGGCAAACAUGAUGAUUCUUGUCUCGAGGUUGUAUACAGGAUGUAUUGGCUUUUGUAUCAUUUCCACACCUAUAAGAAAACCCAGGUUGCUCUUGUUCAUGGACUUGUCAUGGGUGGCGGUGCUUCUCUGGUGGUCCCUUCGAAGUUUUCAGUUGUUACGGAAAAGACUGUUUUUGCAGUACCAGAGGCCAGUAUUGGAUUCCACACUGACUGCAGCUUCUCUUACAUACUGUCACAUCUCCCUGAGCAUCUAGGGGAGUACUUGGCUGUAACUGGAGCAAGGCUUGAUGGAAAGGAAAUGAUUGCUGCUGGUCUUGCAACCCACUUUGUCCCAUCCGAGAAACUUGCUGAACUUGAGAAGCGACUAAUAAGUCUGAACUCGGGUGAUGAAAAUGCAGUUAGAUCCGUCAUUGAGGAAUUCUUCGUUGCUGUUGAGCCUGAUGAGAAGAGUGUUUUGCACAAGCAGUCAAUUAUCAAUAAGUGCUUCUCCAAGAACUCCAUGGAGGAGAUUAUAGAUUCAUUUGAAGAAGAAGCGAAAACCGAGGGAAAUGAAUGGAUCAAAGAAGUGCUAAAGGGUCUGAAAAGAUCUUCGCCCACUGGUCUAAAGAUAGCCUUGAGAUCGGUCCGAGAAGGACGAAAACAGACAUUGGAAGAAUGUAUGAAAAAGGAGUUCAGACUAACCAUGAAUAUCUUAAGACAAGUCAUAUCUGGUGAUGUUUAUGAGGGUAUCAGAGCUCUGGUCAUAGACAAGGACAAUGCUCCCAAGUGGGAUCCUCCAACACUCAACCAAGUACGCAAUGAGAAUUUAGAUAAAGUUUUUCAGCCAUUUCAAGAGGAAAUGGAGCUCCAAGUCCCAUCCGAGGAAUCUAGGUGGAGUGGGAAGUUCGAGAACUCCGCUUACCAGCUCAUUAAAAGUUAAGGUUUGCCUUGUUAUAAGCAGUAAAUAUUAAUCAUCCGUCUGGUGCUAAUUGCAAACAUGUAGUGAUUGUACGCACAGGAAAACAGACAAUAUUUAUGGUGUAUGAAAUAAUCAAAAUCACUGCUGUGUUUUGGAUAAUCUACUACACUAUGCAAAAGGCAAUUAUAUAGUGGUUUCUCAGCCGCUAAUCUAAA